AAAGGAUUCACCUGUUCGUUAUGUUCAAUAUAAAUGCAGCUUUACUUUAUCAAUUAUUUCUCUCUCUUAUUCAGAAUAAUAAUGGCGUUGUACCCUUACCUAUUUAUCAGUCUAAUCGGUUUUUCCUAUAGUGUUGCCUGGAGAAAUUUCGAAUAUUGCGAAGGUACAUCAUGGAUUAAAUUCAAAGAAAAUUGCUACUUGUUUGAAACGAAAUCCCAUAAACGUAUUUCCUUCUACGAUGCAGAAGAUUACUGCCGCUCUCAAGGAGCCCAUCUUUUGUCUAUUCAUUCUGAAGAAGAAAAUGAUUUCAUUCUCAAUACCAUGGAUAAAGGAAGGUUUGGUGGUAGACACUGGAUUGGACUCAAUAUACUCGCUGGAGAUGACAAGCCUCAAUGGUCUGAUGACUCUCCGGUGGAUUUUCAGAAACGAGUACCAAAAGAUUUCUUCGUGAAUGAAAAAUGUUUCAUAGUAUUCCUUGAGAAAAGAGGUUGGAGGCCAGAGCAUUGCGCCUUGCAUUAUGCUCCAAUCUGUAAACGACCUGCUGACGUAACACCUACCCCAGUUCCACCUCCUACAACUGUUUCCCCACCUUCAGGAAAUUGUCCGGAGAACUGGAUCCAGUUUGGUCAGAAGUGUUACAAAUAUUUCGGUGCUAAAGAAGAAGACAGAGUGCAAUACAAACAAGCCAGAGAUGCUUGUUGGGCACUAGGAAAAAACAAUGAUCUCGUUUCCAUUCACAGCAUAGAAGAACAAGCAUUCUUGACUCAGAAUUUGUAUAACUUGGGAACUUCGGCUUGGAUUGGCAUGCGGCAAGUGACAUCGGAUGAGAUCGGACACGACUUAGUAUUUGGUUGGAUUGACAAUUCCAGAACAGAUUUUACAUACUGGGCUGUUGGUCAUCCUCCCCCUGGCACAUGGAAAUACUGCGGUAGGCUGAGUUAUGAAGGCGUCGCUAAAGGAGAAUGGAUAGCAGAUUAUUGCGAAAUUGAUAAAUACGGAUAUAUUUGUCAGCAGCCAUCAGAUCCUAAUGUACCACCUCCCAAGCCUGAAUCUUCAAAAUGUGACGCUGGCUCAUUCUCGUACAGAAAUUCGUGUUAUCGCUUUAUAUUAAAACCUAGUACUCACGGAGAAGCGGAAAAGAGUUGUCAGAAUUUUGGAGGACAUUUGGUAUCUGUUGUUGACAGUUUUGAACAAGCUUUCUUAUUCAACUUGUUGAGUUCUCAUUCAAAUUCUCGGGAUCAGUUUAGGUUCCUUUGGAAUGGUUUAAAAGGCGUGCAGGGAACUAGAUAUUUGCAGUGGUCUGACGGACAACCUUUGUAUUACUCCAAAUGGAAAUCAAAACCUGUUUUGAGUUCGAGGAAUGACUGUGUGCUCAUGGAUAUAGCUGAUGAUCUGAAAUGGAAUGUGACUGAUUGUUCUAGAACUUUACCUUAUAUUUGUAAAACCAUUAAUAAAGCACCUCCGAAAUUUCCUGAAGUAAUUGGUACGUGCCCAGGAAGCGAAUCCUCGUGGAUUGACAUUGGAGACAAGUUUUGUUACCACAUUGCUGAAACCCCUAAUCACAUCCUCAGUUGGGAUCGUGCCUCGCGAUACUGCACAGCAAAAGGCAUGAAAAUGUUACAAGUGUCUUCUGAUCACCAAACAAAAUCUUUAAUUGCGUAUCUGUGGAAAGAAUUUCGUAGAAUACUCUUAGGGCUUUUUAAAUCUUUUGAUAAGAAAUCCUUCAUAUGGUUAGAUGGUACACCUGUCGAUUAUACCAAUUGGGAUGUCCGUGAACCUGGCACAUGGCUGCCAGACACUGACUGUGCUGCCUUCUCUCCUUCAACUGGGAAAUGGAAAACUAUACGUUGCGAUGAAGGAGGCGUUACUAUUUGCCAAGCGUCCAAGACUGUGAAGAAAUAAGAAGUGCAGAAUGUGGAUUAUCAGUGCCACAACCACGUGCAUCAAGGAAGUGGACUGAAAAAUAAAUAAUUUUGUAAAUAAACGUUAUUUGUGUAAAAA